AUGUACAUCCAUUUAACAGGUUUCGGUGCAACCCAGAUUUCAUCGGUGGUUACCAUGAGUCUGACCAAUGUCAAAUGCACCACUAAAAGAGUUAUUAAACAUAAUCUCGAAAUCAUAGAAAAGGGGUUUGAAGGGACUCAUUUACCUCAUAUUCUAGGCUUCAAAUGUGAUGAUAGAGAAGCCAAAGUUAUCAGAGAAGUUGGCGAAAGGUUCAAGAAAGAAAAUAUAAUCGAGGAAACCUAUGAAAACUUUGGCUUACAGCUUUCCUUCCUUCGUUCAAAAAUUAUUUGUGGGGACAGAGCAGGUACCUCGUAUUUCAAGAAGAAAAAGCUAGCUGCCACACCAGCUCUUAUUCAAGGUGGUGGAAAGGCAACCAUGAUGAGAUUUGGAUUUUAG